AUGAAAGGCAAGCAGCUUUUGAGAAAAUCAGAACUCUUCAGAUUAGUACUUGUAAUAAUUAUUAUGUUUAUUUUAUGUUUACCUGAAUUUUUCAAAAUCCAUGAAGCUAACACUGUAAUUGUUUCGUGCAUGGAUACCUGUUCAGCAAAUAACACCACUUUUCCACUUUGUACUUUCAACAAUUCUUGCAAAAGAUCAGUACAACAAAGAAGAGAAAACCAGACUAUUUUACUGAAGGCCAUUGUGAAUCAUUCCAAUUUCCAAAAUAUUCCAUGUAUUUGCCAGUCCUCCAGGAGGGAACAACAGUCCCAUACUAAACACACAGGGUGUGAAUCCAAGAGAGAUGUGAAUGUUGAUCAUCGAGGAUCUGGGUCAGUAGUUAAAAAAACAAGAGGCUCACUUGAAGUGAAAACAGAAGAUGUUAUUUAUUUUUAUAAAUAUUUUAAUCUCACUAUAGUUUCCGAGAAAGAAGGAGAGCAUAAUAUUUACUACAUGCUGGAAAUCCAGAUCAACAAUUCUAUAGUUGGAGGAAGAAAUGCAGCUGGAGAAUACCUAAAUCAUUCCUGUCUAGUGGCAAUGAUGGAAGACCAAAAUGACUGUAUAAAUAUUUCACUGCAACUGAAGUCUUACGUGGAAUUUCCAAUGUGUAUGACGAAGAUCAUUUGGCUCACUAUGAUUCCAGUAGUUUUUGUGUUUACUAUUUCAAUUGUCAUCUACAAAAUAGUCCAAGAAAAUGAACAAAACUCAGAUUGUAAACACAGAGUAGCAACAUUCAUUUCUACUAUUCUAAGAAGAAAGGGUUCCAGGCAUGCAAGAAGAACCAUAUCUGCUACUAAAAUUCUUCCUUUUCCUGUGAAAACCAGCAAACAAGAGAGUCCACUUACUGCACAGACCACAAAGAUACUGCCCAUAAUUCCUGAACAAGAGCACUGUCACGUGGGUGCAUCAACUGUAGAAGUACUCCGAAAUGAUAGUACUGUGGUUAAAGUCAUCAUAAAAUUGGACGUGAUGCUGCUGAAGGCAGGAGUUCCUACCAGUACUGGCAUACUGGGUUUGCCAGUUGGCCAUUUUUGUAGAGUAGCUCAUGAAGAGAUGUCCAGGAGCCAACACAGAGCAAGAGAUUCUGGAGUGGAGGCAGAUAUCACACAAAACUCUUCUUAUCUAAAUGCCAGGAGGGAAGAAGAGAGUGAAGCCUACUCAGAUAUUUGA